AUUCUGUUAUGUAUGCCUCAGCAAUGGGCUUGAUACUGCAGGUGGGCGGGGCUCUACAUCCGGGUACUACGACUGACCCCUGACGUGACCCUGCAGGAUUGCAAACAUGGCGGAGCCCUCCCUCGGAAAUUCGAGCCCAGGAGGUUCAGCAGGUUCCGAUGAUCAUGAUUUUGACCCAUCAGCAGACAUGCUUGUCCAUGACUUUGAUGAUGAACGCACCCUGGAGGAAGAGGAAAUGUUGGAGGCAGCAGAUGAGACCAAUGCCAACGAGAUAGAAGAUCUUGCACGGGAAGGAGAGAUGCCCAUUCACGAGCUGCUAAAUCUCUAUGGUUAUGGGGGUGGUUCGCCAGCAGAUGAGGAUGAAGAGGAAGAGGAAGAACCAGAAGAAGAAGAGGAUGAUGAUGAAGAGGAUGAGGAAGAGGACCUAGACAAUGAUGAAAGCAGCAGAAGCACUGGCGAGUUGAAGAGAAAUGAGGGUGAGUGUGUUAAGAACUCAUCAGGACAGGGAGAUGAGGCUCAGGCAGCCUCUGAGGGUCGCACUCGCUCAGUCCGAUCCCUUGGCACAGCAGAACUUAUUCGCCCACAGAAACUCAAGUACUUUGAAAGUAAUAAUGAUGCAGAGGAGGAGUCAGAUGAAGAUGAAGACUAUGUUCCAUCUGAGGACUGGAAAAAGGAAAUCAUGGUGGGUUCCAUGUAUCAGGCAGAAACCCCUGUUGGCCUGUGUAAAUAUAAAGACAAUGAAAAGGUUUAUGAAAAUGAUGACCAGUUGUUGUGGAACCCUGAGUGUCUUCCUGAAGGCAAAGUGGUCGAAUUCUUGACUGAGGCAUCAAGGCGAACAGGAGAGGAGAAAGGAGUGGAUGCAAUCCCAGAGGGAUCCCAUAUCAAAGACAAUGAACAGGCAUUGUAUGAGCUGGUGAAAUGCGACUUUGACACAGAGGAAGCUUUAAGAAGACUUAGGUUUAAUGUAAAAGCUGCCAGAGAGGAGCUAUCUGUCUGGACUGAAGAGGAAUGUAGAAAUUUCGAACAAGGACUAAAAGCUUAUGGAAAAGACUUUCAUUUAAUACAGGCCAACAAGGUGAGAACUAGGUCUGUAGGAGAAUGUGUGGCCUUUUAUUACAUGUGGAAGAAGUCUGAGCGUUAUGAUUUCUUUGCACAGCAAACCAGACUUGGGAAAAGGAAAUACAAUCUUCAUCCUGGUGUCACAGACUACAUGGACAGAUUACUGGAUGAGACAGAGAGUGCGACAUCCAGCAGGGCAGCAUCACCUCCCCCCACCACUUCCAGCAGCAGUGCCAGCCACUCAGAGAGGGAAGACAGCAGCAGUCAAAACGGUAUUGUAAGCCACAGUUCAAGCCACCCAGUGGAUGGUGCACAGUUGCACCAAGCUAAUCAAGUCAAACCUGAAUCAGUUCAAUCCAAUGGUCCCUCCCAUCCAGUAGUGGAAGCUGCUGCUCCUCCUCCCAUUCCAGACAACAACUCCAACGGCUGCAGUCAACCCAGUGCGCCUAACCAUGACCGAAAUGGUUCUCUGGACCCUCCGUUGGACCAUAGAGACACAGCCACAGUACAUGAAAGACCAGCCAAGAGAUGCAGGAUGGAGGCAGAACCGUUGGGCCAAAGUGAGAUGGAACCAUCCAGGACUCAGGAGAACUGAAGGAUCCUCAGCUGGGUUACUCUGACUAAUAGAUGCUCAAUUGGGGUGAAAUAUUGCCACAGCUUUACCCUCUUAAUGGCAGAGGUAAGAUGAGCCCCUGUUGGCCUGUGAGUGCAGUAACUCCUGAGAGCACAGACUCAUUCUUAAAUGAGGUCAAAGGUCACUGAAAAUCACACCUUGAAGAACACAGCCAACCAAACUGCAGCCGGUCCUCCAGGAGUGGCCCCUGCCUCUCCCCGUCCUUCAACCUGUCCAUGAACUGACUGCCUGCAAAGCUCAUCCCAAAGUACCACAUCUCCAUCAUGUCCUACUAAACAUCUUCUACCCAUCGUCUUCGUUCCCUCUUUGGAGACUGACUGACAAAAUUUUUGCCAAGUAUUUGCUCUUUCUAUUUGUACUCAAAGAAAAUAAAUCACCCGUGAUAUUUUUUUACACAAGAGAUAUUUAUAUUUUUUAACAAAAGAAAACUAUGAUGGGUAAUUGCUGUUCAAGCUAUUUGAACAUUUGGUGAAACAGGGGACAUGUUUUAAAUGAUUAUGUGCUUAAGUUGUCAAAAAUAGAAGCAAAAUAGGCUAACGCAAGAUGAGUGAGGCUGGUGCUGUCACUGGCCCCCUGUAGUUGCACUUUGAUUGUAUGUUUCUCAUCUUUAUUGACAAGGAGUGGUGCUGAAACCCAGCAAAUUUCCAUUUUAACUCCUUCACUUCUGAACCUAUUCUGGCCUCUAUCAUGGCUGUUUGAUUAUGAUGAAUAAACCAAUGGGUUAGUCCCCCUGCAGGUUUGUUUGUGCAAAGCAGCUGACAUCAGUGAUGUCCUGUAUUAUAACUCAUCAUGUAGAAGAUCGCUGUAUUUUUGGAUUUUCAUGGUCAGUGCUUUGCUCAACGCUUUGUUUUUACUAGACAGAAUGUCCGUGAUUUUUAAUGUAAAGUUUGUAUAGAUUUCUUACCUUGAGCAGUUGGUACAUUUUUAUAACUGUCUGUUCAUCUCUGUAUUUUCUGGUCUUCCUUGUAGGCUUUACUUUAUGUUGAGAAAUCUUUUGCCUGUGUUGCUCUGACAUGGAUGUAAUAAACAAGUAGCCAUUCCUUCUGAUUCCCACUUCCCAUUCCUGUGUGACCCUCAAUCUGAAAUGUUUGUUCCUGAGAGCCUCACUUUUUUGUGUGUUAAAAAAAAAAAGCCCCACAUUGUGGCUCAGUCAGUGUGCUGCUUGACUUUGGUUUAAAACCUCUGUUGAAUCAAACUGAAUGGUUCAAACCAAUAUUUAUUGUCUUUCCUCAGUAAGUGGCUUCACAGCAGUGGAUUUCCAGCCGUUAAACAGACCAGUUUGACAUCUGGAAAACCUUCAUUUGUUUUGGUACAGUAGCUGUUCAGAUUAAAGCUUAAGUGUUUUACUUUGUACUCCAGCUUUGAACUUACAUUCACAAAUUUAAGAUAAGUUUGUCUCAAAUAAUGUUGAUCCAUGUUGUCUUUUCUUUCCUUUUGUUGACAAUGAUGUCUUGUUUUUUUUUUCUCUGUAAAUGACUACAUGAUAAAAAAAUAUUCCAAGACUGGCGAUGAAUGGAAUAACAUUGGUUAUAUUUAAUAAAUGUAUAAAUUAGUCUGA